ACUUGGACUGUUGGUGACCGCAACGCCGCAAACAAGCCCUAGCCGUCCUCCCACCACGUCUAAUCUCACCAUCGCCAUUGCGGAGCACUGUGUUUCUGUAUUCUGAUAUUACGGACCCCUCGCAGCGUCACUCGGCGGCCCGUCCACGACGCUACAGCCAGGCAAAACACGCUUGACGAUUCGCUCGACAGCUGCCACCUACGCACAGGCAAGGGCUACCCGUCGCUCAUUCCCAGACAUCGCCAGAGACAUUCUCGGCCAGCGCAUGCGAGCGCACUCGAUAAUACGAGUCGCAGAGUCGUCUUCUGUCUUCCUUCACCCUCGCACUGGCUAGGUUGCUGGACUCCUACGCUCAGCUCAGCGGCCCCGGUCAUGGUGCCCGCGCAACUCGGUCAGAUAGCCUCGUGAAUGACGCUUCCUACCGCACCGACACCCACCGCGCCUUCCUAGGCCUCUUCGUGCCUUCCCGCCGUCAUGUCUUACUACGGAAACGGCCAGAACUACUACAACCCAAACAUCCCUCACUCCAAUGUGGGCGCCCAAGGCCAAUAUCAGGACCCCUACAACCGCCGCACGCCAAGCCAAGAUAAUGGCGAUGCCGCCAAUGGAGCGCCCGCUGGCUACGGGCAUGUCCAGCAGCUCGACAGGCGCAACAGCAUCGCCGCCCGCCAGAACGACGAGCUGUUCAUAGGCGCCAACAGCUCCCCGCAGCUGUCUCAGGGCCCAAUGUCGCCGACCACGGGCGGAUAUGGGGGUAGUUAUGGCUACCAGCGGGGGCAGCAGCAGCAGCAGGCAUACAACCCCCAGAACUACAAUACGCAGCCCAUAGCUCUGCCCAAUCCCCAGCACUACGGCGGCGUGAGCAACCGCACCUUCGCGCCUCCCGUCUCUGUCUCGGCCUCGCACCAGCCCUACAACCCAGCUGCCUACGCUGACAGCAACAUCGCGCCUACCAAUUCCGCGCCGUAUGGCUUUUCGCCUACUUCUCCCACCGCCUCAUACCAUUCGCCUUCGAUAUACCAGAAUUCCCAAUUUGGACGAGCACCCUCUGUCCAGAGUCGCGUGUCAGCUUACUCAACGCCAGCGCCACCACCGCUGCCAGCUCCUCCAGGCAGUGCGCAAUCGGUCGGUGACGACUGGGGCGCCUACCCAAACCGACGACCCUCGAACGCAUCUUCGGGGUAUUACUCCUCGACCGCUUCGCAUGCCCCUCUCCCCUCUCCACCGACCUACGAUACUGGCUAUGGCUCACAGCGCGGUGACAGAUAUACCUCCAUGUCCGGCAAUGCCCUCCCACCUACGCCCGAGGUCCCUCUGCAUGGCUCGCCCCAGCGAACAAACACAGUCUCCUCGCGGCCGCUGCCCCCACCACCCCACGAGUCCGACAGCGACGAAUACUUCUCACCGCAGAACGGGGGCUAUCAAGACGAAUUGUUCAACGACGUUAUGAAUAUGACCGCUGGCGGCGCCCAGGUUCAGCAAACAAACGGCCAGUACUAUAGCGAGUCCUCGGGCAGGAACGGCACAAACGGCGUGCAGCCUGGACGUGAAACUUACGCUAGUGAUGAGAGCGAUGUGGAAGCAGCUGCUGGUCUGGCUGCACUCCAGAUGGCCGAGGAACAAGAGAGAGCAGACGAAGCUCGCAGGGCUAGCGGUGGCACCGGCCUGUUCAGCAACUACACAUCGUUACAUUCUCCUCAGAUGCCCGCCGAACCAAUGCGACAAGAAAGCGCAAGCGACAGCGACUACGUGGGUAUGGACGUUGGUACAUACGGUGGCGGAUUCACGCCGUCUUUCAACUAUGGCGGGGAUCCAAGCCAGCUGGCAGCGGGGGGAAGCCAUACAGCAUCAACCUCAGGCUCGCAACGACGGUCCGACCCUCCCAACGACGACUACGACCCGAUCCAUCCCUUCCCAUCCUUCUCGAGCAAUGCGCGCGUUGACACAUUCGGUACCGGUGGUCUGGAAGAGCCUAGCGCACGCCGGCGGAGCUACGACGAAGGCGAUGAGGUCACACUCAUGGAUAGCGCAUCUACCCUCUCUGGCUCUACACUCAUGGGUCCAUCAGCGGUGAUGCCAGGCGAGCCACCAGACAUGUUCUAUCAUCCGGGCAUAUCGAACCGGCCUCUGCCACCACCACCAGUAAACACCGGCAGGGGUUCAAGAUUGAAUCACCAAAGCAACAGCUCGACUGGAUCCGGGUCGUACGAAUACUGGCGUAACGCUCCAAAUACACAGCGUUCUUACCCGGUGGAUCCAAACGCUAUGCACAUGAUAUCUCCUACUGGAGCUCCCGUUCCCCGCUCGACUUCUCUUCUACAGCACAGCAACGCUCGGGAUGCCAUUCCCUUGCCGCGAUCAAAGACAGACGCCGAACAAGGUCACAGACCUCGAGCUGCUGGCAACCGAAACACCUUCUAUGGCGGUGCCAUGGACAGCGACGGCAACACCCUUACCCCUGGCAGCGCUGAAGCCGUGGCCAUCGAUCUACCUACCAUCCCAGCCGGCAAGCGAUUCAAUCCCGCCAAGCUCUCUAGUAUCGACUUCAAGAAAUGCACUGAGCCUUGGGCACUUAGCUCGAUCAUCUCAUGGCUCAAGAAUAUGACCGAAGGCGAGAACGACCUUAAGGAGGGCCCAAUACAAGAAGGUCUCAUCGCGCUCUUCACUCACAAAGUUCCCACCAUGAACAUUGCGGAUGCCGAGACGCUCAGUAGCCGGGUAGUGUCUGAGAUGUACAAAGCAGGCACACUUGUGCACGAGGAAGAAUGGCUUAGGUUCUCGACCGCAAGCAUGACUGGUGUGAUAUUCCAGCUCACUGGCGCGGGCUGCUAUGCACCUAUGCUGCACACGCAUGCGAGUCCAGGCCGAUGCUACUCGCACCACUGCCAACGGACACUUAAGAAGAUCGAUCUACAUGCCCCCUCCGCUGCACCUCGUUCAGAAGACUGGGCCACGUUCUACAAGUUGAAGAAAGAAGACAUUGAAGGGGCAAACAAGAAGGAAAUCGAACGUCAGAAUAUUCUGCACGAAAUCGUCCAGGGUGAGGACAAAUACAUGAAUCGACUCGAUGUCUUACGACACUUGUACCGCGACAGACUACAGUCUGCUCAGCCACCGGUCAUUUCCCCCAAGAGGGUCAACAGGUUCAUCCACGAUGUUUUCAGCAAGGUAGACGCUGUACGAAAAGCGAACGAAGACCACCUCCUCCCGCAAAUAAAAUACCGCCAACAAGAGCAAGGACCAUGGAUAGUAGGGUUCAGCGACAUCUUCCGCGAGUGGAUCCGAAAAGCAAAACAGGCCUACAUCGAAUACGCAGCAGCUUUUCCAUAUGCAUCCUUCCUUGUUCGACAGGAAGCGGACCGAAACAUACUGUUCCGCACCUUCUUGGAUGAUGCCCAGAAGCACAAACUUUCUGAGAAAUUGGGGUGGGACACUUAUCUGAAGGGCCCCAUCGACAGGCUGCAGCGCUAUGGUCUUCUCAUCGACACGGUAAUCAAAUAUUCGACUGUGGACAAUGAGGAAAAACGAAACCUCCAGAUAGCCAAAGACGAGAUCAAAGCCGUGACUUUGGAGUGCGACAGCCGUGUAGCAGAAAUGGGCCGAAAAGUCAGCCUUACCGACCUGCAGGCCAAACUGAUCCUGCGCCCAGGUAUGCAGCGAGUAGAGCUCAACCUGGAUCACCUGGGACGAGAACUCAUUUUCCGAGGUGAUCUGCAGAGGAUGGGAGGCAGUCGGUUCAACUGGCUUGAGACCCAUGCAUUGCUAUUUGAUCACUACUUGGUACUAGCAAAGACAGUUGCUUUCCGAGAAGCAGACGGCGUCACCAAGUCUGAGAAGUAUGACGUGUCAAGAUUACCGAUUCCCAUGGAUUUACUAGUACUUGAGAGCGAAGACGAUGACCCCGUUGUGCGCUCUACCAUGAAGGGUAUAUCUACCGUCACUACAGUCUCAGGACGAGUCGGUUCUGGGGUCGCCACAAGAAUCAACAACAGCCCUGUACCCGGUGGUCUGCAACACACUAACACCUCCAACUCACUUGGGUCGAACAACACCAGCGGGUCCGGGAAGACUAUGGUCAACGUCGCCUCAAACGAUUCUACAAGAGACGAGAAGAUCUUGUAUCCAUUCCGGGUAAAACACUUGGGCAAGGAGACUUACACUCUGUAUGCACCAUCAGCAUCAAAUCGUGCUGAGUGGUGCGACAAGCUCAUCAUUGCGAAGACACGGCAUGCAGCUGCUCUAUUCGCUCAGAACGCCGAACCUUUCAAGUUGCGUGUCAUGGCUGAUGCGGCCUUCGCAUACGACAGCGCGAUGCCAUCGCAACGAGCUAUAACUAUCAAGGGAACACCGCUCGAUCGCGCAGUCGACGAUGUGGAGAAGCUUUUCGUCAACGUUGGGCGGCCCGUACCCAUCUGCCGCGCCCGAGUAAAUUGUGCAACAGCAUUCAGCCAACCUUAUGGCAAGCACAUGAUAGCCGUCGGUACAGACAUUGGAGUUUAUGUAUCGGAGUUUGAUAACCCCAGAGGCUGGUCUAAGGCAAUCCAAGUACCACGUGUGACGCAGAUAGCCGUCUUGGAACAAUUCAGCUUGAUGCUGCUCAUCUCCGAUAAAGCACUGAUAGCAUACCAUCUCGAUGCCGUAUGCCCAGUAAGCGGCGUGGCUCCCUCAAACGAUUCUACACGGCGAGCACCCCAAAAGCUGUCGGGUGCGCGCGACAUCGGCUUCUUUGCCACUGGCGUAAUGAAAGACAGGACCUUAGUGUUCUACAAAAAGCGCGACGGUAUUUCGUCGACCUUCAAGGUCCUUGAACCUGUCUACCAAAAGUCAACCGAGAAGAAGUCCAGAAUAUGGAAGUCAGGACGCACGGAGUUCUUCCGCGAAUACGACGAAUUUUACAUUCCAGCCGAGUGCUACACAAUCAACCUCUUCCACUCAUCGCUCGCUAUCUCCACAGCCAAAGGCUUUGAGGUGCUCACCCUCGACAAGAAGCAGCCGUGGUCCGUACCGGAUCUGAAGCAAUCCCAUGUUGCCACCAUCGCCUCGCGAUUGCAGAACCAGAAUCCUCUGGGUAUGUUCCGUCUUUCCGAUCAAGAAUUCCUUCUUUGCUACGAAGAGUGCGCCGUGUACAUCAAUAAGAACGGUGACAUUUCACGAUCCGUCAUCAUGGAGUUUGUUGGUAAAGCGAAAUCCGCCGCGAUGUACGGACCCUACGUCCUCCUGUUCGAUCCCGACUUUGUCGAGAUCAGGAACGCACAAAAUGGUCGUCUACGCCAAGUCAUUGCUGGACGCGACGUCAAGUGUCUUGACGACGGACUCAGCGGAGGUUCGAGUCACAACAGGACGGUCAAGUUGAGUUUGCAGCAUCCGCAACACGAGAGGAGCCAGGUUGUCGUUGAGCUUGUGCUUAAUGAAGGGCAGAAGGAGUAAGGAGAGGAUUAUAUACGGAUAUUCGGAUGGUUUGCUGUGCAGCACUAUAAUUUCUACGGCGAUACAACACGCUGCAUGUACAGUGAGCAGGUGGAGUUACGGAGUCAGAACCUUGGGAGGCUGGCUAUGGCUAACGCCCGGGUGUGACGCGAUAAGCUUCGGGCGACUUGGCGCUCUUUUUUGCAUAUUCUUAGGCUAUUGUUCUUGUUCUUGUUCGCGCGAAGGAUACCUGAUUCGUUUUUGUGGAUGUUUUGGUCUUGUGGGUGGCUAGUUGUGCAUGUAUUGAUGACGUCCGUGUGUCGAAACUUGCGGUCGAGCUUAGAUAGUUGAAUAUGGUGAUUACUUUACCAUAGCAUAGAUUUAGCUCUCGACAUACUGCUGCGCAACAUUUUCUCGCUCAACCUUCCUCUCUAUCCGCCGACAACUAGGAUACAUAUCGCGGCGCAGCAUAUUAGCUU